AUGCCGCUCAAUCCACCAAACCAUGCCUGCCGGGCCAGAGAGGCAUUCUUAAAGCCACAGUGGCAUCUUGCUAUGGAAGUUCUGUCUCGUGGUAAGAAGAGUAAGCUCUGUGCCCAUGAGAAACGCCGCCAGGCCCAAGGUGAAAGCCAGGGUCUCAAGAGUGCUCAGGCCACUGCAGUAGGGGAAGAAGAGUCUCCCUCAUCCCUGUCACUUGUGUCUGAGGGUACUCUCCCCAGCUCCCCUGCUGCAGGCACUCCCCAGAAGUAUCACAAAGCCCCAACUUCCAGUUCUGCUGUAACCAUUUCCUGUGCGAGUUCUGGGGAAGGUGCCAAGAGCCAAAGGGAAAAAAUUCCAAGUUCCUUCUUGGCCCUGCCCUCCUCAGAGAGCUCUAGCAAAGAUCCUCUGGCCAGCAAAGUAAGCAUGUUAGUGCAAGUUCUGGUGCACAAGUAUAAAAUGAAAGAGCCCAUUACAAAGGAAGAAAUGCUGAAGAUUAUCAACAAGAAGUACAAGGUGUACUUUUCUUAAAUCCUUCAGAGAGCCACUGAGCUCAUGGAGCUGGCCUUUGGCCUUGACCUGAAGGAAGUCUACCCCAGUCAUCACUGUUAUAUCCUUAUCAGCAAAAUGGAUCUUCCCAGUGAAGAGAGUCCGAGUGAUGAUAGCAUGUAUUUUCCCAAGAAUGGAAUCCUGAUGCCUCUCCUGGACGUGAUCUUUUUCAAAGGCAACCGUGCCACUGAGGAAGAGACAUGGGACUUCCUGAAUACGAUGGGGCUUUAUGCUGGCAGGAGCCAUUUCAUCUUCGGGAAGCCCAGGAAGUUCAUCACCACAGAUUUGGUGAAGGAAAAGUUCCUGGAGUACUGCCAGGUGUCCAACAGUGAUCCUCCAUGCUGUGAAUUCCUAUGGGGUCCAAAAGCCCAUGCUGAAACCAGCAAGAUGAAAGUCUUGGAGUUUGGGGCCAAAAUCAAUAAUACAGUCCCCAGUGCCUUCCCAACCCAGUUUGAGGAGACUUUGAGAGAUGAGGAAGAAUGAGCCCAAACCAGAGCUGCAGCCAGAGCCCACUUCAGAGCCAUGACAAGCAGCUCCUCCCAGCAUUGGUAA